GUAUAAACAGGUGCUCAAGCUGCACCUGUCCCAUCCUCGGGAGAGCUUGGCUGCCAUCCUGGACUGCAUUGCUCUGGGACUGAAUUGUAGCCCGGCAGCAAUUCGAACUGACCGAAGUCUGGGGCAGCUGUGGGCACGGAGCUUUGGUGGGGCCUUCCUACCGGCGGGGUGAUCUGAACUAGCUACUCUAUUGGAAGUCUCUAGAGACCCAGGGACCGAACGCUGCGUGCUGGCCCGAUAGGCUUGCCCACCUUUUGUUUGAGUAGGGUUGGCUGUAGCGCUAGAACUCCCCGGAGGCCCCUAAAAACAAAGCCUGGGCGUUGGGGAGCUCUACCUUCUACUCUAGAGUACCUUCCCUUUUGUCUGACCCGGGGACUGGGGGAAGGGGAGCGGCGACCUCCUUUUUUUUUUUGUCUCUGGGUCCCUCCUUUCCACCUCUUCCUGCUCACCUAGGGUCCCCGAUCUGCCCCCCAGGUAGAAGUCCCAUCUGUUUACUGUAGCGUGUUCAAAAGAAAAAAGUAAUUAGAAAAUUGUAAAGGCUCUGACCGCAGAAGUACUUUUUCAGGGUUCUCUCAGAAAACGCCGCCAAGUAGGGGGGUGAGUUGUACUUUUUAUAGAUUUUAUAGCCCCAAAGAUUUUUUUUAUUGUAAGAUCGUCUUUUUAGGGGGGUAGGGAGGAUGGCAAACUCGGGUCUUCAGCUGUUGGGGUUCGCCUUGGCCGUUCUGGGGUGGGUGGCAUUGAUAGCCUGCACCGCGCUCCCUCAGUGGCAGAUAAGCUCCUAUGCGGGAGACAACAUCAUCACUUCCCAGGCGAUGUACAAGGGGCUAUGGAUGGAAUGCGUCAGCCAGAGCACGGGCCUCGUCAGCUGCAAGACAUACGACUCAGUCCUCGCUCUGUCUGCUUCCAUACAGGCCACCAGGGCCCUAAUGGUGAUAUCCUUGGUUUUGGGCUUUCUGGCUCUGAUGAUAGCUGCCAUGGGCAUGAAGUGUACACGAUUCGGGAGUGACGAUAAGGUGAAGAAGGCUAGGAUUGCCAUGUCAGGCGGUAUAGUCUUCAUUGUGGCUGGUCUUGCUGCCCUCAUUGCUUGUUCCUGGUAUGGCCACCAGAUUGUAUCAGACUUUUAUAAUUCAUUGAUCCCUACCAAUAAUAAGUAUGAAUUUGGCUCUGCCAUUUUCAUUGGCUGGGCUGGCUCUGCCCUGGUUAUCUUGGGGGGUGCCCUCCUCUCUUGGUCUUGCCCAGUUACAGAGAGCAAAGCAGGGUACCAGGCCCCACGCUCCUACCCCAAUUCCAAUUCUGCUAAGGAGUAUGUCUGAAAGAGCUGGGUUUCCUACACAUCCCCCCUCACCCCAGCAGCCUGAAAUAUAAUUCAAGACAGGAAGGGGUAGGGAGGAGACCAGAAGAGAAAAAUCUGAGCCAGUGGGGAAGGGGGAGGGCAUUGUUCUCCAGGCCCUUCUAACUACUUUUGAUGUAGUCUACUGGAAGACCAGGGGAAUGGGAAUGGGGAAGGGGAGAUGGGAGGCAAAGGGUAUGAGCUGUUCUUUUUGUAUAAUAAUAAAGAAGUUUGUUUUGGA